GGCGGGCGCGGCCCCUCCCCCGUCACUUCCUGCCGGGCUGCGGGCGCCGAGCGGCUCUUCAGCGUUUGCGCUGGCUGUCGUCGCGUCUGUGUGCGCUCCCCCUUCUUCUGACCCCCGGCCCGGCGGCGCCCGCCUUCUCCGCGGCCACUCCGCCUCUUCCCUCCCCCGGUCCCUUUUUCCUCGCCCUCUUCUCUUGCUUCUUCCCCUCCUCGCCGCCGCCCAAGACCGCCGGCCCCGGGACGAGCUCUGGGGAAGCAGCCAGAAAGUAUAGCUUCUACCAUUGAGCUCAAUGCACUGUGUGUGAAACUGGAAAGAAAACCAAUGUAUAAGCCUGUGGACCCCCACUCUCGGAUGCAGUCCACCUACAGCUAUGGCAUGCGUGGAGGUGCCUAUCCCCCCAGAUACUUUUACCCGUUUCCAGUGCCACCAUUACUCUACCAAGUUGAGCUCUCCGUGGGAGGACAGCAGUUUAAUGGGAAAGGAAAGAUGAGACCACCCAUGAAACAUGAUGCUACUACCCGAGCACUGAGGACUCUGCAGAGUGAGCCCCUGCCAGAGAGGCUGGAGGUAAAUGGAAGAGAAUCAGAAGAAGAAAACCUCAAUAAAUCGGAAAUAAGCCAAGUGUUUGAGAUUGCGCUGAAGCGGAAUUUGCCUGUGAAUUUUGAGUCUUUCCCUCUGACACAGGUGGCCCGGGAGAGUGGCCCACCACACAUGAAGAACUUUGUGACCAGGGUUUCAGUUGGGGAGUUUGUAGGGGAAGGAGAAGGGAAAAGCAAGAAGAUGUCCAAGAAGAACGCAGCAAGGGCUGUGCUGGAGCAGCUCAGGAGACUGCCACCUCUCCCUGCAGUGGAGCGAGUGAAGCCCAGAAUCAAAAAGAAAAGUCAGCCCACCUGCAAGUUACAGACAGCCCCAGAUUAUGGCCAAGGGAUGAAUCCUAUUAGCAGACUGGCACAGAUCCAACAGGCGAAAAAGGAGAAGGAGCCAGAGUACCUGCUCCUUACAGAGCGGGGCCUCCCACGCCGCAGGGAGUUUGUGAUGCAGGUAAAAGUUGGGAAUCACACUGCAGAAGGAGCAGGUACUAAUAAGAAGGUGGCCAAGCGCAACGCUGCUGAGAACAUGCUGGGAAUCCUGGGGUUCAAAGUCCCCCAGGCGCAGCCCGCCAAGCCAGCACUCAAAUCAGAAGAGAAGACUCCAGUAAAGAAACCAGGAGAUGGAAGGAAAGUAACGUUUUUUGAACCCAGCCCUGGGGACGAAAAUGGAACUAGUAAUAAGGAGGACGAAUUCAGGAUGCCUUAUCUUAGCCAUCAGCAGCUGCCAGCUGGAAUUCUCCCCAUGGUGCCAGAGGUUGCCCAGGCUGUCGGGGUUAGUCAAGGACACCACACCAAAGAUUUUACCAGGGUAGCUCCAAAUCCUGCCAAGGCCACGGUAACUGCCAUGAUAGCCCGCGAGUUGUUGUACGGGGGCACCUCGCCCACAGCCGAGACCAUUUUAAAGAGUAACAUCUCUUCAGGCCACGUACCUCAUGGACCUCGCACAAGACCCUCUGAGCAACUGUACUACCUUUCCAGAGCCCAGGGAUUCCAGGUUGAAUACAAAGACUUCCCCAAGAACAACAAGAACGAGUGUGUAUCUCUCAUCAACUGCUCCUCACAGCCGCCUCUUGUCAGCCAUGGCAUCGGCAAGGAUGUGGAGUCCUGUCAUGAUAUGGCUGCACUGAACAUUUUAAAGCUCCUGUCUGAGUUGGACCAACAGAGCACAGAGAUGCCAAGAACAGGAAAUGGACCAGUUUCAGCGUGCGGGAGGUGCUGAACCUUUUCUGGCCACAAACCAUUAUAAAAUAUUCAACAAAUAUACUGAAAAUACUGAGAACUGCUUUGAAAAUUUGGAAUUUCUGAUAACUCCAGUGGGCCAAGUCAUGGUGGAUAAAAAUGUGGCAUAGAAGACAAACCGCAGGUGGUGGCCGUGGUUGUGCUCGAUGCUAGUGACGAUGCUGUGCUCUGCCAUCCAUCAAGAACAGCAGUAGUGUCUCCAGUUUUUGUUUUUGCAUCGUGACAGAGAAACCAGAGAGCAUGGCCAAUUCUCAUGCUGGCUUCAGAUACUUUGGAAAAGCCGGACAGCCACACCAGAGAGGCCUUACAGCGGCCCCGGAGCUAAACGCACCAGAGAAAAAUCAGUGCUUCCUACUGCACAUAACUGACUCGGCUCUGCCACACGUAGCACCACCGUAACCACUGCUUUCUCUUCAACAGUGAUGCCUGUUAGUUUCAUUCUUUCCUUUGGUUGAGAUGACACUAUAUAAUUUUCAUUUCAGUUUCUCAGUUGCAUCUACUUACCUAGCAGUUUAGAAACUAGUCUGAGACAGAUGCUAUCAUCAGUCAUGUAACUGGCAAAGAUCACAGCCCUGUUUGGUGAUGUAUUCUGUGCCUCUGGCUUGGCUGGACAGUUCUGGACUUACCACCAGAAUCCUUGACACCCUACCCCUUGUAUAAAUUGGACAGCUUAGGACUUUUAAACUUUAGAUCAAGAUAUGGUCCUUUUUAACUUUAUUUUUAAGGAGCAGACUUUAAAAUGAACCCUGACCUUUACCGAUUGUAACAGAAAUUGUCAAUAGGAGUGUCUCUUGAGGAGGUAGCUUUUUUACCACACUACAGGGCCCAGAAGAGUACAGGCUGGUGUCCCUGGAGGGCCCAAUAUAGUCAGUUCCAACCUCCAAGUAGGGGGAAGGUGACAGGUUUCCUGGUGCUGUGCUCUUGCGCACAGAGGCAGGAAGGGCAGCUGACCUGAGGGGACGGAAGCAUUGUGGCUUUGAGUGCAGCCAUGCUUCCACUCUUGGUUCAGCUGGAACCUUUGCCCCCCAUGGAAUGUAAGUAAACUUAGUCUUUGUCACCAAUAAAUGGUAAUGCUAAAUUUUUUUUUUGUUAAUUUAUUUUCAAAUAUGCCACUACUUCUAAAUCAAUCUCCUGGUUCAUCUCCCUCUCCACUUUUUUUUUUUUUUUAAAAGAAGAGAAUAUUUGUAAUGCUUGUGAUUCUUCUGUCUGGGCAAAAAUCUGAAGAUCUAAAAAUCUCUUUAUAUUAAACUAUUGAUCAAUAAACAGCUACUAAGAAAGUCUUU